AGGAGAAGCAGUAGCGACAUCAGGAUUUAAGAGCGUUGGAUGGACGUUCCAUUUGUGUUGUUUGCUAGGAAGACUCACAUUCCUGACACAUAUGCAAUCCGACAUUUCCAAAUAGUUGGUACCCCAAAAAGUGUCAGCCGCAGGUUAUAUCAUUUAUCUUCGGGAUCAAAGCGUAACCCUAUCCGGUGUUCAAUGAAGUCUUAUAGGCUAUCAGAGCUCAGUCUGGUUGAGGUUGAUGGCCUCAGGGCUCGUCCUCGUAUUGAUUUCUCUUCAAUUUUCAGUGUUGUAAAUCCGAUUGUUGAUGAUGUCCACAGUAGAGGCGAUGCUGCAGUUAUAGAUUAUACUGCACGCUUUGACAAAGUUAUACUGGAUAAAGUAGUAGAAAAUGUUGCCGAUCUUCCGGAUCCAAAGCUUGAUCCAGCUGUGAGAGAAGCUUUCAAUGUGGCGUACGACAAUAUAUACGCAUUUCAUGCUGCACAAAAGGCUCCCGAGAAAACUGUUGAGAAUAUCAAAGGUGUUACAUGCAAAAGGGUAGCAAGGUGCAUUGCUUCUGUGGGUCUUUAUGUUCCGGGAGGGACGGCAGUUUUACCUUCGACGGCUUUGAUGCUAGCAGUGCCUGCACAGAUUGCUGAGUGCAAAACCGUUGUUCUUGCAACUCCCCCGAGUCGUGAUGGUAGUAUCUGCAAGGAGGUACUGUAUUGUGCCAAGAAAGCGGGCGUGACACAUAUACUCAAAGCUGGGGGAGCUCAGGCCAUCUCAGCCAUGGCUUGGGGGACUGCAUCUUGUCCUAAGGUGGAAAAAAUUUUUGGGCCUGGAAAUCAAUACGUCACAGCUGCAAAAAUGAUUCUCCAAAACAGUGAGGCCAUGGUUUCUAUUGACAUGCCAGCUGGCCCAUCAGAAGUUCUGGUCAUUGCUGACAAACAUGCCAACCCUGUUCAUAUAGCUGCAGAUUUACUCUCUCAGGCAGAACAUGGUCCAGACAGUCAGGUCGUUCUUGUAAUCUCGGGGGAUGAUGUUGAUGUGGCUGCAAUCGAGGUGGAAAUCAGUAAGCAGUGUGAGAGCCUUCCAAGGGGAGAGUUCGCUGCAAAAGCAUUGAGCCACAGUUUCACAGUGUUCGCCCGAGAUAUGGUUGAGGUCAGCUUAAACUUCCACCGGCUUUUGCAAGGGCGGACCCAAUGCGGGGUGGCAUUUUGCACUAUGGGCUGUCAAUGGUGGAGCCAAUGUGAUGUGGUUCAAAUGGAAGCCAUCUCCUUUGCAAACAUGUAUGCACCUGAGCAUCUGAUCAUCAACGUAAAGGACGCAGAGAGGUGGGAGGGUUUCAUUGAGAACGCAGGAUCUGUGUUCUUAGGGCAGUGGACGCCGGAGAGUGUGGGGGACUACGCAAGUGGGACCAAUCAUGUCCUUCCAACAUAUGGGUAUGCGAGGAUGUAUGGUGGGGUAUCCUUGGACUCCUUCCUCAAAUACAUCACUGUCCAGUCCCUCACGGAGGAAGGGCUGAGGAGUCUGGGCCCAUAUGUGGCCAAGAUGGCGGAGGUUGAAGGUCUUGAGGCCCACAAGAGGGCUGUCACCCUCAGGUUAGAGGACAUUGCAGCCAACCUUCAUACAUGAUUAGGUGAUGGAAAAUCAUCGACGUUGAGAUUUUGGUCCCCCAUUUUUCCAUCUUUUUUGGGAAUGAUAGAGUUAAGGUUUGU